CGAGAAAUCGAAGAACAAGUAGAAGGGACCGGUAGUCCCGGAAGGUCAGCCUUCUGCAGUUGCCAGGCAACAAAGGUAAACAGUGAAAAGUGGCAGGAUCAUGGCCACCAACUACAGUGCAAACCAGCACCUCCAUUCAGACUAGUCACGUUUCAAGUGUCCACUAGCCACAUGUGGCUAGUGGCCCAUGUUGAACAGCACACAUGCAGACCAAGAGUACAUCCCUUCUACAUAUGAAAAAGCUUUCUCACCCAAGUAUCUGCAGAACUGGUCUCCCGCCAAGCCAACAAAAGAGAGAAUUUCUUCCCACGAAGGCUACACUCAGUUUAUCGCCAAUGAUCGUGGCCAUCUGCUGCCCUUGGUGCCCCGUUCCAAGGCAAGUCCUUGGGGAUCCUUCAUGGGCACCUGGCAAAUGCCUCUGAAGGUGCCCCCCGCCCGGGUGACCCUGACCUCCCGUACAGUGGCUGGUGCUGCCUCCCUCACCAAGUGGAUACAGAAAAAUCCGGAUUUACUCAAGGCCUCCAACGGGCUGCGUCCUGAAAUCUUCGGCAAGCCUCACGACCCAGACAGUCAGAGGAAACUCGGGAAGUGGAUCACAAAGACCGUACCACAAGCACCAAGUCCCAUCAUAAUCCCAAACUCCCCACCUGUAAACCUCAGUUCCCCAGACCAACCCCAAAGCUCACACCCCUCUGCAGGUCACACUCCAGGCCCCCAAAGCCCAGCCAUCUCUCCCAAGAGCCCACCUAGGAGCCCACGCAUGCCGGAGCAUUGGGCAGGUCCAAAUUUAGCUGAGGUCCAGACGUACAAACCUGGAACUCCGGAGACACCCAGGGACCCCACUGAGAAAACCUGUCUGGAAACGGAGUGAAGGAAGCAAGACCCCUGGUGAGGGAUAUAGAACGGGGAAAUUUCAGGGUGGGAAUAAAGGUACAUUUGGAAAAUAAACAUCAUUUAUUGAAUCUUU